ACUGAAGGGCCACGUGGGGACACUUAAUAAUUAAUGUUUCUGCAGGCGCCCGGGGGAGAGGCACCUCCGAGUGCUGCCACCAGUCUCCUGUGCCUCUGAGGCACCACAGGGCUGUUUGCAACCAGUUGCAGCCUUUACUGCGAGCGCCGCCCCCUCGCCCCUUGAAGCAGCCCCUUGGGCCUCGGGGGAAAUACGGAGGGCAGGGGGCGGGACUACACAGCGGUCGCGGGGAGGACUCUCCAGCCGCUGUUUGGCCUGUCGCCUACACGGGGCCAGUUACGUAACCAGCCCGCCCCGGCUUGCUGCUGCACAACGGCCAGACACCUGGUUACACGCGGUGUGGGCAGCGGGGGAGGGGCGUAACGGUGCCUCUCGCAGUAGCCCCAACCGACCUCUCCCAACGGCCGCAACCCCAACGGCCCCUGUGGAGAGCUUGAGAGAUAGGGGGAAGAAGAGGCUGGGAAAGAGCCGGCCGCCGGCCGGGCUCCACCAAUCACAUUUGGAGUCUGCUGAGUAGCCCGGCCGCCGACCAAUCGGGGCGGUCGAGGGAAGGCCGCGCCCACGUGGCGGAGCGAAGGGGCGGGGAGACGGGAGUCGGGCGCUGCCGCUGGCGGGGGCAGUGGUGCGAUGUGGUCCCAGGGCCAAGUGCUCUCGGUGGGGGUGUCCGGCGCGCUCCGGCUCCUCGUGCUCUCGCUGAUAGUGAGGCAGCUGCUCAAGCAGAGGCGGCCGCCUGGCUUCCCGCCGGGACCCCGGGGACUGCCCCUCAUCGGCAACAUCCACUCGCUGGCCAGGGAGCAGCCGCACAUCUACAUGAAGAAGCAAAGCCAAGUCCAUGGCCAGAUUUUCAGUCUUGAUCUUGGAGGUAUAUCUGCUAUUGUACUGAAUGGUUAUGAUGCCAUAAAAGAAUGCCUGGUUCAUCAAAGUGAAGUUUUUGCAGAUAGACCACCUCUUCCUUUGUUCAAAAAGCUGACAAAUAUGGGAGGUUUAUUGAACUCCAGAUACGGUAGAGGUUGGACAGAGCAUCGUAAAUUAGCUGUAAACAGCUUUCGUUGUUUUGGAUAUGGUCAAAAGUCCUUCGAACACAAAAUUUCAGAAGAAUCCAUGUUUUUUCUUGAUGCCAUUGAUACAUACAAAGGCAGACCUUUUGAUCUUAAGCACUUGAUAACAAAUGCAGUCGCAAACAUUACUAAUUUGAUUGUCUUUGGAGAACGUUUUACAUAUGAAGACACUGAAUUUCAGCACAUGAUAGAGAUAUUCAGUGAAAACAUUGAAUUGGUUGCUAGUGCUUCUGUGUUCUUGUAUAAUUCUUUUCCUUGGAUUGGCAUAUUACCCUUUGGAAAGCACCAACAACUGUUUAAGAAUGCAGCUGAAGUCUAUAACUUUUUGCGUGAACUUAUUGAGCGCGUCUCUAAAGACAGGAAGCCCGAGUCACCUCGACAUUUCAUUGAUGCAUAUUUAGAUGAAAUAGAUCAAAGUGAAAAUGAUCCAGAGUCUACAUAUUCAACCAAAAAUUUAAUUUUCUCUGUUGGAGAACUUAUUAUAGCUGGAACAGAAACCACAACAAAUGUUUUAAGAUGGGCAGUGUUGUUUAUGGCUCUUUAUCCAAACAUUCAAGGGCAAGUUCAUAAAGAAAUUGAUUUAGUCGUGGGCCCAAACAAAACACCUUCUUUAGAAGAUAAAUGCAAAAUGCCUUACACUGAAGCCGUUCUACAUGAAAUUUUAAGGUUCUGUAAUAUAGCUCCAUUAGGUAUUUUCCAUGCAACUUAUAAGGAUACAGUUUUGCGUGGUUAUUCUAUUCCUGAAGGCACUACAAUAAUUACAAACCUCUAUUCUGUACACUUUGAUGAAAAGUAUUGGAGUAACCCAGAAGUGUUUUAUCCUGAACGGUUUUUGGACAGCAGUGGGCAGUUUAUCAAGAAAGAUGCAUUCGUUCCUUUUUCACUUGGAAGAAGACAUUGUCUUGGAGAACAACUGGCCAGGAUGGAAAUGUUUUUGUUUUUUACUUCAUUACUUCAACGCUUUCACCUGCAUUUUCCACAUGCAUUGAUUCCAAAUCUGAAGCCAAAAUUAGGCAUGACAUUACAACCAGAGCCAUAUCUCAUCUGUGCUGAAAGACGUUAAAGCAAAUGGGCUAAACUCUCUGCUGCCGUAAAUUGGAAUAGCUCCACUGAAUAAAUGGAACUGCACCAAUUUACAGCAGCUGAGUAUCUGGCCUCAUCUUUUAUUUAUGACUAUCUUGCAGGGGUGACAGACUUGCAUAAUUUUUGGUGGUACCCAGAACUGGUCCUAGUCCUACACUUCUGUCUAAGGCUCUGGGAAGGAGUUUGGGUGCAGGAGGGAUGAGGAGUUGGGUUGGGGAGGGGAGUUUGGUUGCAGUAUCAGAUGAGGGAGGUGGUGCUUACCUGGGAUAGCUCCCAUAAGUUACCUGCACCCAACUCUGGCAGUUGCUCCUAGGCAGGGGAGGGGGCAGUGGUCUCCAUGUGCUGCUGCCCAUAGGCACCAUCCCCACAGCUUCCGUUACAUGCGUGCGAGCGUGGGGAGGGUGCAGCGCAUGGAGACACCACCCCAAACCCAGGGGCUGCAGGAAUAUGCUUUGGAUUCAGAAGCAGCACAGAGCAGGCAGGCAGGAAGACACAUUAGCUUUGCUGUGAUGGUGGUGGUUGUGGUUGUGGUGGACACUAGAUCCUUUUAAAUUGCCUAGGUGGACCAAGCAGGGCUGGGGAUACACCUGGGGGAGGUGUGAGGGUGGCAGGUGGGACUGAGGGAGAGGGCCAGUCCUGAACUUAGAUGCAGCCAGGCCCCCAUGCUCUCAUAUUGGUGGAGCAUGGCCACCACAGGCCCAUGAAACUCACCACCCCUGCUAUCUUGUUCAUAGUCUUUCCAAAAGAACAAGAAUUCUCCUUCGAGAGGUGCGUCCCAGUGCCUUUGAUCAGAGAUUUUCUUAGCAGUUCCCCUGCCCUGCCCUCAAGGCAGUGUGCAGGCUCUGCCUGCCUGACAAGCUAUCAGUCGAUAAAUAGCACACACUCAAUCCAGGCUUGUCAGUUCCAUCUCGACCCUCCCUGGCCAGAGACAGAGUACAGCAGUCAUGCUGCCUACCUCAGCAACAUAGCUACUGUCUCCAAAAUAGCACUCCUCAUUAAAACAGCCAUUCUGCAGCCUGCCCAAACUAUAUGGCAGACACCUGCAUCCAUUGCACCCACAAGCAGGCACAUGGACUGGAAAUACUUCAUUCCCUCUAUGGACACCAAAUUCCUCUUCACACACCCUGGUCCUAUCUUGCUAGUCAUGAAAACAGCUAACCAGAACAAGCAACAGCAACAAUUCAAGACCACCCCAUCCGACAAAGAUGAUAAAAGGAUGGAGGCAUUUGGGCAUAAAGUAUACUCCUUCACCUUGUCCCAAACACAACAGCACCAUAUAUCCACCACAUACCUACAUGGCAUCCAAAACAUCUCUUACGCCUUUCCAUAAAAAUGGUCUUCCUGCUCACAGUCACCUUCUGGGGAGAACUCAGAGCUCUUGUGGCUGACCCUCCAGUUCUUCUUCGAGUAGUGUCCCCGUGGGUGCUCCACUCUAGGUGAAGGGUUGCCCUGAGCCGCAGAUCGGAGCUUUGCAAAGCAGUUUCCCCCCCUGUUGAGCCACGCAUGCCCAGAGGGCGUCUCGAGCCCUUCCCGCCCUCUGCAGCGCGCGGCUCAACCCCCUCCCUUUCAGUUCCUCUUUAACCGCCCUCGUCAGCGGACGGAGCGAGCAGGAGCUCCCUCACAGUCUCUCAGACUGUAACUUCUAUCAGUUAUAUUACAUCGUUUUUUUCCCCCUGUUACUCCAAGUUAGCUUCCCUUGUUUUUCUCUUUAAAAUAAUAACAACAAAAUAUUUUUAUAAGAAGAUCGAAACUGACAGCAAAAAUCCCCCCUCGGGGACUAGAACUCACCUCAGACCGGAGCUCCGGGUGAACCCGAGCUCUCUCUUUCCUGGCUCCUCAGCCAGAAAAACACAUAAACAAUAUAAAAGAAAAGGAAAGGACUAUAACAAGACUCAU